AUGGUAGAUGAAGCCAUUGGAAGGAAGAGCGACGAUAUUGACGCCCCUCGAGGCGUGACACUUGGAACAGUCCAACUGCGUCAUGAAACGACGAACGAGAUCCUUCUCGUGCCAAAACCUUCGGAUGAUCCAGACGAUCCCCUGAAUUGGCCGCUGCGCGAAAAACACUAUAUCUUCGUCCUCUCCUGCUUUAGCAUCUUUGUAUGUAACGCCUGCGGUGCGGGCCCGUCAGCGGGUGCCGUAGCAAUGACGACUCAUUUCUUUGCUCCGCCUAGCGACCCUAACUUCCUUACCUACGUCGGCAAAGUGGCCUACUUCUUCACCGGAACUUCCCUCACCAUUGGUAUUGGCCAGUUUAUCUGGACUCCUGUGGCGAUCAAAUAUGGCCGUCGACCGGUGUAUAUUAUCUGCUUCGCCCUCCUCACCGCAUGUAAUGUCUGGGCCGGCUUCGCCAAGUCCUAUGGCAGCGAGCUCGCAGCGAGACUAUUGACUGGCAUCGCUGCAGGAGCUCCUGAGCUUGUGGCUCCGUUGACACUGACGGACAUCUUUUUCCUCCAUCAGCGAGGUAAAAUUAUGGCCGUCUACAACUGUUCCCUCGCGCUCGGUAGCAGCCUCGGCGUCGUCAUCUUCGGUCUCGUGAUAAGGACUCAGGAAUGGCGUGUUAUCUUCUGGAUCCUCACGGCCCUAUCCGCUUUCUGCAUGCUAAUCAUGAUAUUCACCAUUCCCGAAACCGCCUAUAACCGGAGCACUGCCAACCUCGGCGCGAUCCCUGUCGCCGUAGCCUCGGGGGACGUCGAUGCCGACGCUGUCUCUCAGAAAUUCGACAAGUCAUCCGAACAUGUGUCAGUAGUUUUCCCCACAACACUAGGCAAGCGAACCCCUUACUUCAAGCGCCUUUCCAUCAUCCCCAAGGCCUACACCAGCGAGGGUAUCUGGCUGCUGAUGUUCCGACCCGUGGCUCUGCUCGCACUGCCCGGCGUCUUAUGGGCUACACUGAUCAACUCCGUCACGGUUGGUAUGAUAGUGGUCUUAUCGUCCAACUUCUCAGCUGCAUUCCAGACCAUUUACGGUUUCACUUCGUGGCAAGCCGGUCUAACCUUCAUCGCGAUGGCUAUCGGCUCGCUUGUCGCCAUCUUCUUUGCAGGCCAUUUCUCCGACUGGAUCGCAGAUAGAUUCACACAAAGGAACGGUGGCGUGCGAAUUCCCGAAAUGCGCCUGCCGGCUCUUUCUCUCAGUGUCAUCACCGGCCCACUGGGUUGCAUUUUGUACGGCGUGGGAUUCGGUUUGAAGCUACAUUGGAUGUGUCCAGUCGUAGGCAUCGCGUUGAUCGGGUUCACCGUCGUGCAAUCAAUGGUCGUGUCUUUGGUGUACAUCUUGGACUCGUACCGCCCUGUAUCUGGUGAGGUCAUCGUCACGCAGUCAACAUUCAAAGCGUGCUUCGGUUUCCUCUUAGGCUUCUACACCAAUCCUUGGGUUCAGCAGGACGGAUAUCUUGGUGCUUUUGGCGCCAUGGGCGGUAUUGAAGGUGCUAUUCUCCUCGGUUUUGUACCCUUCUACUUCUGGGGUAGUUACUGGCGGCGCAUGUCUUGGAAUUGGCCCUUCAUUAGACGGAUUGUCCACUGGGCCGAUGACCGUGAGGUCGGCGAGUAA